GAUGACGAGCGACGACUUUUAGUCAUCUUUGGGUUGUAGUCAGUGUGUUGAGUGUAGUUUCCAGAAUACUCUGUGGGGUCAGAGGAAGAGGCGUAGGUUGAAGUAAAGCCAACGGAGUGAAAUCUGCAUCUCAUUUGAAUGUCAUCUGCUUCUGGACAAUCAGAGCCUGGCAGUUUCAUCGAGCUCCUCGGUGUCCCAUAUGGAGCCAAAACAAUGAGCUCUCUCGCGUCCUCUGUGUCCUCCAUCAGCCUGAGGAAGACUGGGAAGUACAUGGACAAACAAUGGCUUUUUCAACCAAGGACCAGAAUGGCUCUACUCAAACACCUGAAGUUAUAUGUGCUUUGACAACAUCCCUUACAAUUGCUAAAAACUUUGAAAGGAACUCUCCUGACCACCUUCAGAUCCUAAUUUUAAUUUUACCUGUGGAUCAUAACUAAAAGACUGCCAUCAUGCCCAUUCUUAAGCAACUGGUCAGCAACUCCAAUCAGUCAAAGCGGAGGUCUCGGGCUGACCUGACCGCAGAGAUGAUCAGUGCUCCGCUGGGGGACUUCCGUCACACCAUGCACGUGGGCCGAGGGGGCGAUGCCUUUGGGGACACCUCAUUUCUCAGCACCCGUUCAGGAGAACCUCCCAGGGAGCCAGACAAAAAACAAGGCUCACCAAGUUCCAAGCCCGGGCUUCUGUCCCGUACCUUCAGAAACAGCAAGCGAUCUCAGUCUGUAAAUCGGGCGGACAAGUGUGAGUACAACGCGAUGGCACCUUCUGCCGGCUCCUCCCAGUUUGUUAAGACCGCCAUAUCCCUGCCGUACCUGAACGACGAGGGUACUAACAGAGGUAUCCAACUGCCAAAGAGCGUUUCCUCAAGCCCAAUGAAGAAGGUGAAUGAGAUCGAAAGCAAGCCGUUAAAUGGAGCAGCAGCUAUGGCGGCCCUUGAUCCAGAGCUUGAGGAACGGGAUUUUGGCGAACCUACAGAUUUGCCUCCAUCCAUGCCUAAGGGAGGUGGGAUGAAGCACGCAGAGUCUAUAAUGUCCUUCCACAUUGACCUGGGCCCUUCGAUGCUCGGGGACAUCUUGAGCGUGAUGGAAAAGAAAGGUUGGGAGGAGGAUGACCUUGGCUACGAGGAAGGCAAGGGAAGCGAGGGCCAUGCUUCGCCGUCCCUCAUUCCCCACAUAGAUGAUGACGAUGCAGAGGAGCGAGCCCCUGCAAGGCCUCCUCGCAGCAUGUACCAGCAAAAAGCCAUGGUGGAUCCCUACACCCCUGAGCUACAAACCAAGAACAACCACCACAAUAUGGAUAGCUGCUCUGUGUCCAGCUCUGGUUCUGAGGAGAAACCUAACUACCGCCUCCAUGACGGUGACACGGACAGUGCAAAGUACAGUUCCCCACGUGGGGGAGAAGGAGAGAGAGAUUUCACCUUCAUGGACGAGGAUGAUGACGAUGAGAUUAGAGUUUAGACUUUAGCUGCCACGAACAGUUGAAAAGGACACUAAACAUGAUAAAUAAGGCUUUUUCACCAUGCUGUAGCUAGGUGGGCUAAAUGCACACUAGAGUGCAGACUGACUGGCUCACAAAGUGGCCCUUUUUGAAGUGUUUGGGUUUACUCAUAUUACUGGUAAAGUCUCAGUUUUCCCAAAAAAGUAUUGUUUACCACAUUUAAACCCUUAACCAAGAAGAAGCAAUUGCAAACCAUUAGUAAAUAAUAUCACAGACAUAUCAUUUUAAGAAGAGAGAAGAGAUGACAGUGAGAUUGGGUAAUGUGGAUGUGUGGUAUGGAUUCUGUGGAAGGAUGUAGGGAAAGGAUGAGGAGUGAAACCCAGAUGGCGUUAGAAUCCCAGUGUGUGUGAGUGAAUAUGGGGUUUUAUUUUCCAAUGACACUAUUUUGGCAUAGACACUAAACAGAAAAAGUUAUGCCUUUUUAAGAGUUUAACAGUUGAUUUAUGCUAUUUUCUACUUUAUUGUAUCUGCAGUAUCUGGGAGUUAGUAUACGGCAGCCUGCUGCUGUUUUGAGUUGGGUAGAUUAUUAUUUUGUUUCCGUUUUUCAUUGGGAAUAUCUGCAUUCUUUAAAUUUACAGACAGCUGUAAUAUUUAUUAAUUUGUUGUCAUAAGGGACGGAUCAUUCUUAAUGUGCACUCCUUAGUCUUAAAAUUGUGUUGUUGUUUUUUCCAGAUAUCAUAAUUUCUUAAGGAUACUAAAGACAGAACCAUCAUCUUUGUUAGAGGUUGGCUGAAUUGCACUUAAAUACUGGCCUUAAGUAGGCAAUAAAUUGUCUUAAAUCACUCCUGAUCCCAUGUUCAUUACAGGGAAAUGUCUUUUACAAAAUCAGAGUUGGUGAAAGAUUUUUUUUAAUACAGAAAAACUGUGAAUUGUCAAAAAGAGGCCUUUUGUAAGUGUUAUGUGUCUUGUACUUUUUAAAAAAAAAAAAGCAAGACGGGAAUUGUGAUUGUGGUAAAAUAUGUGUGUCUGUCAUCCCUCUCAUUCCGCUUCUUAGCUGAAGUAGGAUUAGCAGGUCAGUGGAAAGAUGUAAGACAUUUGUGAAGGGAGUUGCCACCAUAUAAUUACAUUUAAACAUUUAUGCUUCUGUCAAAAGCAUUCCCUCUCUCUGUACAUGUGUCCAGGCUUGUCUCUAAGAGCAGAGAAAGGAUGUAGCAUAUUUAAAGUGUUAUUAGAGGACUGCCACUUAACAGAUGGGCAUCAGGUAUGUCUCUGAGCAGUGAGAAGGAUAUUUACUUCCCAAAGUGGACCCGAAGGUGAUAAUACUCAACUCCUUUACCCAACCAGAAUCACAUAGUAGGAACAGAUGAUUAAAUCAACCAAUCAUCUGGCCUCUCCCAGUCUACUCAUUAAAUGUGCGAGAAUAUUGGCCCCCGACCAGCUGGAACUGCUCCAGAAACAGAUAGGUGGGCUCUUUUCCUUUGGCUUUUUUGUGUUUAGUUGGUUUCACUCGGUAGGCUACUCCAGAUUACUUUCAGCUAUAAAUUACACAGAAAGAGUGCGUACUUUACUUUCUUGUAUCCAUGAUUAAUGUCUGACCUUUUUCUAUUAUUCCGUGUUUUUAAAAAAAACUAAUUGCCACAUUUGACAAAUGUUAGCUUGGAAUUUCCUGUUGUGGCACUGAUGCAGGGUUGUGUAUAUAGAAUCAGGAUGCUGUGCCAUUCUGUUCUGGGUUGUUGUAAUGUUUUGGAACACUAUGUGCCCGUACAGAUUGCAAGACGUUCUGAAACUGAAGGCGAUCCUGAGGAAAUUGCCAAGUAUGUUAACUAUAUUGUUGGAUAAGGUAUAGAAGUCCUGAGUGGGGGAAAAAAAGUGGGUGUCUGUUUUUCUUUUUUUUUAAUGCAUGAUCCAAAAUGUUUUCUUAUGCCAGGGUAUUUUAAAUUUAUUUUGUAGGAAGUUUGUUUUUGGGUUUCUAACAUAUUUUCACUCAGCCGAUUGGGGUGGAAAUAUAUUGGAAACAUUUAAUUGUAAUUUUUUACAUUGAUUUUCUUUUUUCAGUUACAUUCUGGUUGUAAUUGGUCAGUUUUUCAGCAUCAAAACUACUGGUUAGUUAAAUGAAAAGAAAUGUGGCCCUGGCAGAACUUUUCUUUUUCCUUACCUUUCUCUUCACCUGUCUCACAGAUGUGGGGGGAAAAAAUCACUCUGAAAGAUUACACAGACAACACCUUAAUUUUCAACUCCUCACUUGCCUCUCAGGGCUUCUGUAGUAAUGUUAGCAGCACAUUGGAUUUAGUUUUUUUCUACUUCUGUAUAGAUAUGCGUUAUAGACCUCUUUUUAUAUUUCAGUGUAUAUGGGCCAAAUCUUAGGAUGUCUUCUGUUGAUCAGUUUUGCAACAUAUAGUGUUUGGAUUGUUUGGGGUGAUGCAAUCCCUUUUGUUCAUCUCCAAGAGGUUUGCUGUUAUCUUUUGAUAAAAUAAUGUACAUAUAGGUAGUGCCAUCAGCGAUUACAGUAAACAAGCUUUGUUACCAGCAGUGUGACUAUGAGAUCCUACUAAGCAAACAGACAAAUAUUGGAUUUAACAUGAUAUGGUACAUAUGUGGUCAGAUUGUGUUUGCAUUGCAACAUUUUCACAGCUGUCUGCAACACCAGACAGUAUAUUGCUGUAGAUUUUGGAAGACAUAAAUAGAAAAUUGUGGAAAAGUACACAAAAUUAUGCUAAAAUACUUAAUGUAUUUUAGCAUAAUGAUCUUAACUUUCUGGCAUUUGUUGUGUUUCUCUGUGGGAAACUCCUAAGUAGGCCAGAAUAAACCAUGUAAAAGAAUUUGCAAACACACUCUGCCCCAGGUCUGCUUAGAAGUUUUUCAUUCCCUGACAGCAAUGGUGUGGGGAGCGAAAAAAAAAAAGGGAGAGAGAGAUAAGAACUGCGUAAAACAGCUGGCUCAAAGUUCAGCUAAAGAAUGUUUCCUUUUCCCCCCCACUGGCUUUAGUGAUAUGCCAAGUAUGUACUGUUUUCUUUCCCUGUUCCAUAUUCUGGUUUUACAGUAUAUUAAUAUAUUUAUCUUCACUUUUCUUUCUUUGAAAUAACUUCUAUAUUUUUCAAUAAAAGAGAAAGCUGAUAAUCUUU